CACAGAUCUUUGUCAUCCCCAGAAAACAGCAGCUUGGGCAAAGCAGCAUUUCGCAGCUUGAGCUUGACGCGGCUUCCUGUGUGGUGUGCAGUUUGUCAGUUUGAUCAGGAGGAGUGCAGACUGACAGCUUCUGCUUUUCCACUUGCACUCUAACAAGACAAAGCAGACCCAGUGACUGAAAAUGUCGAACCCAGUGAUCACCCAUCAACCAGGUGCGGGCGGCUAUGGGACCAAUGUCCAGACAGGAGACUGGAGCACAGGCCUGUGUUCCUGCUGCAGUGACCUGUUAGUCUGUGCUCUUGGAUGUGUCUGUCCAAUGGCACUGAGCUGCUACACAGCAAAUAAGUAUGGAGAAAACUGCUGUUUGGGUUUUGUGCCAGGAGGCCUGACAGCCAUGAGGACACAUAUGAGGCUGACCUAUGGUAUUCAGGGAACCGUAUGCAACGAUGCCUUGAUGACCUUCUUCUGUGGACUUUGUGAAGUGUGCAGGAUGGCAAGAGAAAUCCGCAUAAGAAAUGGAGAGGUGUCGCCAUAACCAGCCCAGCCUACAGAGAACUGAUACCGAUAUGUAGCCCCUGUUUCUGUGACUUUCACACUGCAGUAAUGAAUUUGAAAUACGCAAUCCAUUAGCUGGGUCCAUGUAACCCUGUGAAAAAUAUCUGCCAAAUUUGCAUUAGUGUAAAUAAAUUUCAUUUAAUUUCA